AAGCUAUCGGAUCUCAUGAAGAAAUCCCCGCAGAAUCCUGCAGGGAAAUACAAAAUAUCACCGGUUCAUCACCAAGUGGUUUAUACUGGGUCAAGAAUGCUGUUGGCGGGAAAGUGGAGAGGAUAAGUUGCAACGGUGGGAUUCUAGAUUACUGCAGUUCCAACGCAUGUGCAAAUGGAGGAACUUGCGUCAGUGGAGCCAGUGAUUUUAGUUGUACAUGUCCAGCGGGAUUCGAAGGAAAAACAUGCGCUACUAUCAAGAAUUCCCAGUGGCAAGAAUACAGUACAUAUUGGUGUACCCGUAGCUAUCGUUAUGGAAGGCAGAACGGCGUGACAAAAGAACAGUGCAAGGCAAAGUGUACUGGGAACUGCACGGCUAUGGAAUGGUGGGGUACGGGCACCACUCCCUGCUUCUUUUGCACCGAUCCGUCGAAGAGAGAAAUUUUCACAAAUACAAAUGAUGGUGCCUACCCUCCCAAUGUGCUGGUUAGACCUUAAAAAUGGAAAGCGUAAACCGUAGUCUCUCUAACGGUUCCCUGUGCCAUCUUGAAAGAUAGCAGUGCCUUUGCAUUGUUCAUAUAAUAAUAUCUGUCAUAAUCACGGCACGUUGACCCGCCGUCUGACUUCGUUGAUGGUCACCUUUCAAGCUGGUGCUGGGGACCGCAAGAGACUAUAGAAUGAAAAUCUCCAACUAAAUGAACCGUUCCAAGUCUUCUUUCUCGCUUGCAAUUUAUCAUUCCCUUGAUGCAUUGCAUUUCCAUGGCAUGCAAAAGAACAAAUUCGUAUAGUGCACAUGCAUGAGUGCUGUGAUAUAAUAAUUGAUCUUAAUAAAUCAUUGCAAAAACGCAUAAUUGAAACAAAAGAAUGUUUUCUGGAAAAAAUCGCGCACUUUAA